UUCCGGCUAGAUUGACAGCCUCAGCCCACUCUCCAGUGUGUGCAGUGACGCGAGCUCCACUCUUGUGUGACGGCCGGCCGCGGCCGAGACUUUUUCUUUUUCAUUUCUAUUCCAUUUUCGCCAUCAUGUUCAUCCAUUCGUAGAUUAUUCUUUUUGGGGAAUCAAGGAGACGGCGUGGGGCCGUGAGCGUGACGCGGCCUUCUGGAAACAAAGUAAGGAGAGGAGCCCCGACGCCAGGGUGGUUUUAUGGAGGCUGGGGAUGGAGCCCAGCUGCCGGCCACCGUCGCGGCCAGUCGGAGUGUUGAGAAAGCCCUGGAGGACGCCGCCGCCAGCGGGGCGCUCAAUUUAGCUAACCGAAAACUCAAAGAGUUCCCUCGGAGUGCUCGCAACUACGACCUAUCCGACAUUACACACGCAGAUCUGUCGAAAAACCGUCUGUGUGAGCUGCCGGAGGAGCUGGGUCACUUUAUCUCAUUGGAGACGCUCAGCCUUUACCACAAUGGCAUGCGUUUGCUCUCCCCCUGCCUGGGGAAUCUCCAGGUCCUCACCUACCUCAAUCUCAGCCGCAAUCUCUUGUCCAGUUUGUCCCCGUCCGUGUUUGAGCUUCCCCUGCUGCGAGUGCUCAUCGUCAGCAACAACAAGCUGUCUUCGCUGCCCGCCUCCGUCUUUGCCCUGGCGCAUCUUCGACAGCUGGACGUGAGCUGCAACGAGCUGCAGUGUUUGCCGCCCGAGCUCGGCCAGCUCGAGUGUUUGCGGGACUUGAAGCUGAGGAGGAACCGGCUCACGUCUUUGCCCGAAGAAAUCUCGGAGCUCCCGCUGGUCCGCCUGGAUGCGUCGUGCAACCGGAUCACCCGGUUGCCUCUGUGCUACCGCCACCUGCGCCACCUCCAGAGCAUCUCGCUGGACAACAACCCGCUGCAGAUGCCCCCCGCGCAGAUCUGCUCCAAGGGCAAGUACCACAUCUUCAAAUAUCUCAACAUGGAGGCCUGCAAGAGGAGCCAGGAGGAGCUGGAGAGGCACCUGAGGCCCACCGGCUUUAACGGCUGUUUGUCCGAUCAGGAGCUGUUCGCCUGUCAGUUCGGAGGAGGGCUGGACUCCGGCUUCAACAGCGUGGACAGCGGCAGCAAAAGAUGGUCGGGGAACGAGUCAGCAGACGACUUCUCGGAACGUUCCCUCCGCAUUUCCGAGGUCAGCAGAGACCGGAGAAACCUGGAGGAGGAAGAGGAGGAGGUGGAGGAGGAUACUCCUCGACAAGCCAACAAAGUCAACGGCCAAGCGGUCUUGAUUGACAGCAGCGUGACGGAGGAAGAGGAGGAGGACACGAAGACGGACCCUCCCACGCCUCUCUCCCCGGCGGAGCCGAAAGAGGGGCCGGCCUCGCCGUGCGUCAAGGACGCUACGAUACGCCGGUCCAGUCUUCACGUGGAGGUCGCCGCCCUGCCGCCGUCGCCGGUGUCCCCCUCCAGCCCCAGCACGGAAGAGCGCCGCCGGCCGGGAACGCUGCUCAUCUGGCAGGAGCGAGAACGACUCCAGCAGCAGCAGCAGGGAGAGAAGGCCGGUUUUUGCAGAAGCAGUAGCUCCGACGGCCAGUCUCCAGAAAGCAGUCCCUCCCGCUGGGGCCUCCGAGAGAGAUGCGCCAGCGUGGAACACGCCGCCGCUUCGUCUUCUUCGACGACCUCGCAACUUCAGCGCUCCGGGAGCAGAACAGAGGGACCGUCCACGCCGAAGACAUCGCCGCCCCCAGGGCCGAACCAGAAGCCCAACAGCUUCCUGUUCCGCGCCACGUCCCGCGGCAACGUCCGACCCGCAGGCUCCUCCUCCCAAAACGAGAUGAGCAGGAGCGAGUCACGCACCGCCAUGCGCUCGCCAAAGGAAGAGAGAGCGGACGCCGCUCAGCUUCGGAAGACGCUGGAAACGCGGCUAAAGAUCACCCUCGGCGAGGACCUGGCGGAGGCGCUGUCGGACGGAACCGCCCUCUGCCAGCUGGUCAACAGCGUCCGCCCGCGCGCCGUGUCCGUCAUCCACAUUCCGUCCCCAGCUGUGCCCAAACUGAGCUCGGCCAAGUGCCGACUCAACGUGGAAAAUUUCCUCGCCGCUUGCCGCAAGCUGGGCGUCCCCGAGGCGGACAUGUGUGUGUGCUCUGAUGUGCUUGUGUCUAAGCCGGGGCGCGUGCUGCGCUGCGUCGAGGCCUUGCUGGCCCUGGAGGGCGGACCCCGGCAGUCCUCGCUGCUGGCUGCAGAUUUCCUGCUCUUCUACUGCGCUGCCAUGGCGCUGCUCUACGUCCUCUACGACUACCUGCUAGCCUAAGACCAAACACACACACACAAAGCACUGAAAUGCCUUUGCUUAGCCUUGUACCACAUCGGAAAAAAACAACAACACACUACAGGUCCUGCAUUUUUUUUUUCCAGCAUAUUAUACAGGGUGAUGACAUAGCGUUAAGCAUUUAGUUCCUUUAUUUGUAUUUUUUGCACUGCUCGGGUUUUGGAAAAAGGAAGGGAGUAUCCUAAAUGAGCUCAAGGCAAACUGUGAAUGUCUGAUGGCUUUUAUUUAUAUUUCAAAACGUGCACAAACGAGACCCGAGUGCCUCGGAAGCGACGAGACUUUUGGCUUGUCCGAACUAGAAGGGUACAAACUACACACGCGCGCAUUCAAAAUGGAAUGAUUCGAUUCGGAUCGAUUUGGCGAUCUGAUUCGAUGACGGUACGGCUCAGUUUGAGUCAUGAACUUGUGAGUACUGUAAACGAGGCCAUCGACGACGCCAAGAAGAGGCGAUUCGUUAUAAAUCUCCAGAGAAAAGUGGAAAGAUUUUCUGAUUUGAAUCGGGGUUUUUUUUUUUUUUUUUUUUGCACCGUUAUAUAUUUGUGUUCAACAUGUCGAGCGACUGACCUUGUAUAGAUAAGAAGCGGUAAUUAAAUUAAAUAUAUUUUUUAUUUAUUUUGUUUAUGUGUUUUCAUUUUUCGAGAAAAAAAAAAAUAGUCAAAAGAAAUCUAACAGGAAAUCAAAUGCGAUCGAUAUUCC